GCCAUCGUGAAGUGCUCGGGAACAGCAUGCAAGGAAUUACCAAGCAAGCGAUUCGUCGUCUCGCUCGUAGCGCUGGAGUGAUGCGCAUCUCAGGACGUGCAUAUGACGAAAUUCGGGAAGUACUGAAGCGUGACACGAGAUGCCAUGGCCAUCUGUGUCCGGCGAGAAGGACCGUGACAGCUGUGGAUGUGGGCUAUGCUCUGAAACGCCGUGGACUUACGAUGAACCAUUUCGGAGGUUAG